UGUCAAAUACGGUUUGGAGGAAGAAAAGAAAUUGCUUCAGACUCUGAUAGCAGAGUCACUUGUUUGUGUGCUCAGUUUGAAGCUGUGCUGCAGCACGGUCUGAGGAGGAGCCGAGGGUUAGCAUUAACAGCAGCAGCGAUCAAACAGGCAGCAGGUUUCUCCAGUAAAACUGAAACAGAACCAGUGUUUUGGUACUAUGUGAAAGAAGUUCUGAAUAAACAUGAACUGCAGCGCUUUUACUCUCUGAAGACAAUUACUACAGAUAUUGGUAGAGGCCGGGCCUGGUUGCGCUGUUCAUUAAAUGAACAUUCCCUGGAAAGAUACGUUCAUAUGCUGCUUGCAGAUAAGAAUCGACUCAGUGUCUUCUAUGAAGACUGGUCUUUUAUGAUGGAUGAAGAACGUUCUAGUAUGAUCCCUACGAUGGCAGCUGGUCUGAACUCCAUUCUUUUUGCAAUCAACAUUGAUAAUAAGGAUUUAAAUGGGCAGAGCAAAUGCACACCCACCGUGUCUGAUUUGUUAAAGGAAUCAACGCAAAAUGUAACCUCAUUAUUGAAAGAAUCCACUCAGGGUGUUAGCAGCCUUCUUAGAGAGAUAACUGCAUCAUCUGCUGUCUCGAUUCUAAUAAAACCUGAUCAAGACACUGACCCACUUCCUGUUCUCUCAAAGAAUGUAAAUGCUGAUUUGAAAUAUAAAAAAGAUCGAAAAAAGAAGAAGAGAGUGACAAAUAUUAUCUCAUUUGAUGAAGAGGAAGAUGAGCAAAAUUUGGGGGAUACCACAAAGACUCUGAUUACAGGAGAAAGUUCAGAGGAGAGUGUAGACAGAUCUUCAGUUUUUGUAUUAUCCUCAUCUGAAAGCACUCUUGGAAAAAAUUUGAACGGGAGUGAAAGUAACCAUUCGUGGAAGAGCAAUUCAGUAUUCAUGAAUGGAGAGUAUGAAUACCAGAAACUAGACGUGAAGAGCAUUGAUGAUGAAGAUGCAGAUGAGGAUGAGCUAUAUGGAAAAACGUUAGGAAAUAAAGGCACAGAAGGUGAAACUGAUGCUUCUGAAAAGUCUCAUGAAAUAGGCACAUGCAAUUCUCAGAUAUGCAGUUGGACUCCUCUUCAGGUCCUGAAUGAUGACUCAGAUGUUCUAUUUCCAGUCAGUGCUGUUGGCUCUUACUCCCAAAUAGUUGGCUUUGAUGGGUCCUCAGCUGCAGUAUUGUAUGCAGUUUGGGGUACUGCACUUCAAGAUCGAUGUGGACCCUUUGGAGAACAUCUUGAAGCAAGGAAUGAAAAUGGUCAAAGAGUGGAAGUCGGUCCUCCAGCUCAAGUGAAUACUUUAAGCAAUAUGUUGCCUUCAGCCACUGUCCCAGAAUCCAUGACAAUUAAUGAACUUCGUCAAGCUAUCGUGGCCAUGAUGAAUAGAAAGGAUGAACUGGAAGAACAGAAUAGAUCUCUGAGAAAUCUGCUUGAUGGAGAGAUGGAGCAUUCUGCAGCGCUAAGGCAGGAAAUGGACAACUGGAGAAGGAAAGUAGCAGAACAGGAAGAGCGACAUGCCACGAAAGUCCAAGCCUUGGCACGAGAAAAUGAGGUGCUAAAAGUGCAACUUAAGAAGUAUGUAGGAGCUGUCCAGAUGCUCAGAAGAGAAGGUCAAACAGUGGAAGUUCUGCCAAACAUUUGGAGCACUGAUGGUGAAUUUACUAUUCCAGAGCAAAAGCAAGUAGAAAACAAUGAGGAACUAGCCAGCUCUUACGAAAGAAAAUUGAUUGAGGUAGCUGAAAUGCAUGGGGAACUGAUAGAAUUCAACGAGAGGCUGCACCGUGCUCUGAUGGCUAAAGAAGCUCUUGUGUCCCAGAUGAGACAAGAACUAAUUGAUUUGAGAGGGCCGGUCCCUGGCGACUUGAGUCAAACAUCUGAAGAUCAGAGUUUGUCGGAUUUUGAAAUAUCAAAUCGUGCUCUUAUUAAUGUUUGGAUUCCCUCAGUCUUUCUGCGUGGAAAAGCUGCUAAUGCAUUCCAUGUGUAUCAG